CUUUGUGUGAUUACCCCAUAAUCAAUCUUAGCUUUCUUUGUCGUUUCCACAUAAAAACUUACAAUAGGCUGUCGAAUCGUGCAUAGUACGCCAAGCGAUUAAAGAGUUUGUGAGAGAACAAAAAACAAUCAAGUCGGUGGCAGACGAAAGAAAGGAAAUAAAACAAGUUGCAUCAAUAAAUCGAGCAAAGAAACUAAAACCCAAUAACUUGUUCUGGGAACUUCGUUGUGCAGUGAUGGUCUUGGUGAGCAACGAAUGGCAUACCAAUAAGAAUGAUGACCAGAAACCAAGUCCAACGUCGCCGCCCCCAGCACCAGGAGCAGUCGGAGCCGCAGCAUUAAGCAACGGGGUCUUAACAGACUCAUCCGCGGCGUUGUCUGAGACAACCAGACCUACAAUUGGGGGAGGAGAAGCAACGACUCUCAAGCAAAAUAUUUCUCAGCAUACGGCAAACAUGGAAACUGCAAAAAAAUUGGAACAGGACCAACUUUUUCAUGCAAUGGAAAAGGACGGUACCGACGAGGAAGCUAAUGAGAACCAGGAAAAUAACAACUUGCAACUUUGUGACUCUCACACAAACACUUUACAGGGCGCUUACAACCCUGACCAUCGUGCAACUGUUCAGGUUCCCUCUGCAGGCCCCCAACAGGUGCUACACAUGGCUUCUGUGCUGAAUGCAAACAAUGGCGGAGUCGGGAUGGAAGUAACUAAUGCUGGAAAUUUGUACAGCUCACUGGGCGCUCUGAACAAGAGCGUCUCACAAAGACAGUCGGAAAUGGAUUGCGGCACUUUGCUGGUCGCUCCUUUGGCACCAACGGCCUCCGCAGAACUAGACGUAAAAUCCGAGUCCGCGUCUGCGCCGUACACCGGAGAUGCAAAAAUUAUUUUACAGUGCGAGGCCAAGUCUCACAAGUUUGAGACAAGGACUAUACUUUUGCAGCCAAACCAGGAUUGCAAGGUGGGCCGCCUUAUAGCCAAAAGCAAGGCAAACGAGGGAAACGCUGUGUUUGACUGCAAGGUUUUAUCAAGAAACCAUGCAAUACUGUGGUUUACCCCGGAUGGUCGUUUCUGGGUCAAGGACACAAAAUCGAGCAACGGUACUUUUAUUAAUGACAACAAGCUGGGCAAUGAUCCUGCGGAAUUACAUUACGGUGAUACCGUUAAGUUUGGUGUUGAGGUGAUCGAGAACUCGCGCCAGGAGGUUCACGGCUGCAUCAUAGCUCGUGUCUCCCUCUUUUUACCCGAUGGACGGGAGGCAAUUUCUAUAGAGGCGGACCAGAUGUUACUGACUGGGCCUAACCGCAUCAGCUUUGACGAAGUUCAACGCCUAAACUGUUUUCUCCAGGAGGCGUCUCAAAGGGAGAAGACACUGAAAGCUAAGUUAAGCAGCUUGCAAGGGAUCCUUGAAUCGACGCGAAAGAACUCUGCCAUGUGUUGGCAAAGUAUGAUAACUGAAGACCAGUUGUUGCACAAGAUAAACCUUCUGGAGAAAAAGCUGCAGAUGCUGGAGAAAAACGUUCCGGAGAAUGCGCUUCGUAACGAGGUUGUAAAGCUCCUGGAGGACAAAACUAGUUAUCAGUUGACUGCUAAAGAAGCCCUUCGCAAGGUCUACCAGGAACGAUGCGAUGCUAUGCAAACGCUCUCCAAGAUGGAGUUGGCCCUCUCUUCAUCAGAAAACGAGUGCUGCGUAUUGCGCGCUCAAGUAGCCACAUCGAAGCAGACAUUGCAGGACUUUAAUUUUCGGCUGGAGCAACUACAGCAGGAGUACAUUGAGUACAAACAGGAAUCUUUGCGUCAACAACAAGAGGCUAAGAAACAAGAGGAGCGCAGUUUGGAGCUGGUAAAAGAAAAAAUGAGCUCCCAAAACCGCGAGCUAGAAAAACUUCGUCUUCAGGUCUCACGUCUUCAAAAAUCCGUCGGUGAGUAUGAUAGCGAACAGAAGUUGGAGGAGCAAAGUGUACUGAAGCAAUUGGACGCCAUAAUUUGCGACGAUGACGAGUACGAAAUUGAUGAAGUUCAGGAUGACAAUAAGGAACAACAAAGUUUUGACGAUGAUAAUUUGGGUGAAUCACAAGAUGUCAUGAAAGGCAUUCAUGAGCAAAAAAGUCAACAAAAUAUGAACAAAGAGCUUAAAAUGAGCGACUUAAAUUUGAAGAAGGUCAUCCGCAAAUCAAGCGUUAUUAAGUUGCUAAAGAACUCUGAUCUUAGCAAGGGUGAAGACGGUUCUGCGGUGAUGAGAGCCAUUUUUAACGACGACGAGGAAGAUUCUGAAAGUGAACUGAACGAGGCAAAGAAAAAGCUCGAUGCUCAAGCUUCGGAUGAUGCAGCUGAACUUAGUAUGGGCAUUACGCGAGAUCCAAAAGAGACCAUUAGAUAUGAGCUUAUACACAAUGCUCCAAGGCAUGUUCUGCCCAACGGAAAUGCUGAACCGUCUGCAAAAACGGCUGCAUGUUGCCUUUCAGUUUGCAACUUAGAAAACCAAAAGGUGGACACCUACGAAAAUCUUUGUAGUCAACCCGACUUGCCCACAGAGCAAGCCAUAGAAAUGUUACAGGAGGAAUGUGAUACAUACAAGGAAAAAACGGCGCGGUUGACUAGCGAAAUUCACGUCAUGCAAGAGCAGAUUAUUCUUUUAAAAAACCAGCUUGAACAGGAGACUGCCAAUGGAAACCUUCAGAAGAACAGAGUCGAAAAUAGUGCGCAGCGUCAGAAUUCGGGACAGGACGAUAGUCAAGCUAGCACUGAGCAUGUUUGGAACGAGGAUAUUACAGCCAUAAAUAACUUACAAAUGGAACGGGAGGAAGAACUGAUAGCUUUCAAGGAACGACUUGAGGAUUCGGAGAGUAGCAACAUGCAGCUUCGCUACGAAAUCUCGCACCUUAAACACCAGCUCACGACACCUGGAAACCAAGUGCUACUGCACCGUGUUCUACCAAUUGGCUGCAUCGCAAUUGCUGUACUCAUCUACCUAAUUUCCAAUCGAAUCUAAGAAGUUCGUUUCGCCGAUAGUUCAUUAAUACAGAAGAACAGUGGAUGGCAGCAUUUUUAGUUAUUAAUAAUAACGCUAUAAUCAAGCUUUAUUUAAUUUUCCGUUUUCACGUUGAGCCCAAAAUUAAAAGUAGUAAUUUCAAAUUAAAACAAACAAAAGAAAAAUUAUUGAACGACUUAUUUUAGCUCAAAGAAGUUGGGUCGACUAAAAUCGAAUUUUCGAAAUUUGAAAAGCGGAAUCGUUUGCCCAUUUUUUUCCACUUUUGCCCACCUCUAGUUUCGAAAAUAUGGGAAGUUCAAAAAUUUUCGAAAACAAAAAAUUAUGGUUUUAGUUUUAUUAAAAUCGGACGAAUGUUCUAUUUCUCUUAAAAUAAACUAUCGGUGACCAAAAUUAGUUCAGCAGAA